AUGCCCAACGACUUCAAACUCUCGUACGAGUCGGUCAUCCUCAAUUCAGAAGACAUCGGAAUUCUGGAGAGAAACGAAUGGUUCAACGACAAACUUCUCACAUUCAUCGGCGAAUAUUUGAUGAAUUCGCAUGGAAAUUCUGGAGAAUCGCGGGGAAUUCACGUCUUCACACCACCAGAGACUGAAAUGAUUCGACAUUCGUCAAGUGACGAUGAAGUCGACAUGUAUUUCGGCAUGUUGGGUGUCGGAGGCAUGGAAAUGGUUGGUUCUUAA